AUGCGGAUAUCGUAUGUUCAUGACCGCCUCAACUACAUUCUAAGGAAUGAACUGAAAACACUCAUGGGCGCAAGCUUUUUUGAGUUGAUUGACCCCAGCGAUUUGUUAUCCUUCCGCGAGUCGAUGAAAGUCCUCUUUGCAAAAGGGCAUGUGCGCACUCCACUGUAUCGCUUACUGGCAGCGAACAAUGCCGUAGUUUGGGUAACAACCGAAGCGUCGACUGUUAACCACACUUCGAAAGGGCAAAGAGCCCAGUAUGUAAUCUGUGUACACCAUAUUGCAGGAAUCAAAAGCGCUAUCGAAGAUGCCACUUCGGUGCCCGAAGGAAUACCAGCUGGCAUUGCUGUUCAGAUCAAAAAAGAAGUGGAUGAUACGAGAGGUUUGUAG